AGACGCCUUCAUGCAUGUUGGAGUGAUGGGAGGAUGUACCGACAUCAAAUCAUAAGCGCCUUACUAGAUCGGAAGGUCUAGAUAGGGUCUAGGUAUGCAGGCAGGUAGGUUGGUAAGUUGGUUGGUCAGUUGGUUGGUACCUGUUAGCGAAAUCUCUGAAUUCAAGAACCAGAUGGUUGGCUUUUAAAUCCUCUGCUCUAUUAGACCUUAAUUUUCUUUUUCUCCAUAUCUGGCAGAUGCUAACUGUCGAUUCCAUUUCGCGCCAUCAUGGCGGCUUCCUUCACUAGGCGGCAGUCUGCUGCUGCGACGCACACACCCUGCUUGAUCACCACGGCCUUGGUGAUUGUUUCUGUUAUUUUCUUGCUCUUAUCCCUCGCGGCGACAGUUCUCCGGUUCAAAGCGCGAAGACUACAGCGCGCAAAGCUACUUGCGGAUGAUUGGUGGAUGCUUGCGUCCUGGGUACUUACCUUGCAACCAUUUAUCAAUGUUUGGGUAUUCGGUUCGCUCACGGGGCUCGACUACUACAAGGUUGAUCCUUUCAGAGGAACAACGUUGUCGCUUCAAUGCUUAUACGCCGCUUCCAUUCUCACCCUCCUCGCCUUGACUGCGGUUAAGAUUGCUGUCUUGCUUUUCUAUAACCGAGUUUUCGCAACACCUAAGUUCAGGAUUGCCGUCAGGACCUUGAUAGUUAUCCUGGUAUGUUGGUGUAUUACCUUCAUAUUCUUGACGGCUUUACAAGGUGACCCUCUCGACUCGCCAUGGCAGCCCGGCACUGGAACGUUUCGGUAUGACAUUGCGGCUGUGGGAUACGCCCAAGUUGGAUCAAGCAUCGCCUUAGACUUCCUCGUCUUGUGCUUUCCGCUCCCUGUCAUAUCGAGACUUCGCAUGGCAUUUACACGGAAGAUAUCCGUUGCGCUUAUCUUUUGGCUCGGUAUCUUUUGUUGUAUCGCAUCAAUUGUCCGACUAGUAUUCCUCGUGCGGUUGCUAUCAACUGUUGUUGAAGCCAAAGAAUCUAUUGCAAUCCAAUCUAAACAAUUCGUCUUCCUCAUUCUUGAGCCUCACUGUUCCAUCAUAGCCGGUUGCCUUCCAUGCUACGGAUCUCUUCUCGCUAGCCUCGGCGGUCGCAGUCCCGAAUCUCUCGUACGCAGCGUACGGUCCAUUGUCUCCCUCCGAAGCUGGGGCUCUCGCGGUUCCGGAGGGUCUCAAGGCAACAAGGACAAGAUAACUGGAAGUGGCUUACAGGUCUUAAGCUCGGCAAAUAAUGGCCAAACAAGCCAUGAUGAGAGCCAGGUUGAAUUAACUAAUAAAUCUCAGUGGCCCGAUUCCCGCCAUGAUGUACAUGUCAUUGCCAGUCCGAAGGUAGAUGAAGUACCAGAGCACACGGGCAAUAGUGAGAACGUGCAGACGGAUCACGGGAAGAACUCGAUCAAUGUUACACACGGUGUUGACGUUUCGUACGUUUAAGCGUGGGGGCGUCUCCUACAAGAGUCGGAUACCUGAGCACCUCUUUGAACAGUUAUCCUGGUUGGUGACGUGGUUUAGGAUAGAGGGUAUAUUUAAAAC